AUUUGGAAGAGCAUCAAAUCAAAAAUAAAAGAAAAAAUCCAUGGCAAAUGUUCAUGGUGAAUUCGAACCCUGGAACCACCUUGAUGGAAAGAUUGUGUUAGUGACCGGUGCAUCUUCCGGACUUGGCCGGGAGUUCUGCCUGAAUCUCGCCAAGGUUGGCUGCAAAAUCGUGGCGGCUGCCCGUCGCGCCGACCGACUUAAGUCCCUCUGUGAUGAAAUCAACCAAUUUUCUUCUUCAACAAACAGCUGUUCUAACGACCAUUUUCGAGCUGUAUCCGUUGAGCUCGACGUUACGGCGGAUGCUCGUACCAUUGAAAUGUGUGUGAAAAGAGCUUGGGAUGCAUUUGGUCACAUCGAUGCUUUGGUUAAUAAUGCGGGAAUGAGAGGGAAAAUAAGUUCAUCACUAGAUCUGUCUGAAGAAGAAUGGAAUACUACUUUUAGCACAAAUCUCACCGGCGCAUGGCUAGUUUCGAAAUACGUUGGUUUGCAAAUGCGUGAUGCUGGUAAAGGAGGAUCUAUCAUCAAUAUUUCUUCCAUUUCCGGUUUGAAUCGAGCCCAGAUGCGUGGUGGUGUUGCUUAUAGCUCUUCAAAAGCCGGCAUGGAUUCGAUGACGAGGAUCAUGGCCUUAGAAUUGGGACAAUACAAAAUCAGGGUGAAUGCAAUAGCUCCUGGACUUUUCCGUUCAGAAAUUACUGAAAGCCUUUUGGCAAAAGAUUGGAUAGAUAAUGUGGCAAAGAAAACUAUUCCAUUAGGCACAUUUGGCACAUCUGAUCCUGCUUUGACAUCACUCGUUCGGUUCUUAAUCCAUGAAUCCUCAAGCUAUGUAACUGGAAAUCUUUUCAUUGUUGAUGCUGGAUAUACCCUUCCAGGUGUCCCAAUAUUUUCUUCCCUCUGAAGAAUAAGACAAAGUUGCACAAGUAUUAAGCUCAAUGCGAGGCAUUGGAUGCCCUUAUCAUGUCGACUGAUGAAUGAUGCAGCCCAAUAUGCGUGGUUUUCGUUUUGUAUUUUGUGACUAGAUUUUAAGACUUCAGAAGAGCAAAUUAGCCUUCUUCAUUAAGUGAUUAAGACUAUCUUGUUGCUCUUUGACAAUCCAGUAGAAACUGCAAAAUGUCUUCAUUGUACUUAAGGCGAUUCAGAGGCGAUAUGAUAGCGAUAAAUCUACCUCUUUGAAGACGCAACACAUAACAGAACGCGCUUAUGUUUUCUUUUAUCCGUGCUAUAUCAUUUUCCAAACUACGUUACUCUAAUGAAUCACUCACCUUAUGAUUGCUUGGUACUGUUCAUUAUCAUGGCAUAAGUUCCACACCGAAUGUCGAACUGCAUACCUGCUUUCUGGUGUGCUGACAAUGAUAAUCUGAAAGAGGAAGAUGUAGAUCUCCCUUCAAUGAAUUUAACUAGGCAUGUCAGAUGAAUUCAGAUCUAACCUAGUGCCAUAAAUCUCUUCUCUUGUCUAACUUGAUUUCUUGUGCAUAGCAGUAUCCCUUUAGCUAAAUGGAAACUAAUAUAAUGCUAGCUCCCUUACUGGAACACGAUUAGCAUGAGCAGACACGGCAAGACCAGGCAAAUUGUGCGAAGUAACAGUUCCUGAAAAAUGCUUCCAACAAAGAAAGAUGACAUUACAGUAUUGAGAUGAAUGCGGUGCAGAAACCGUAAAAGCAGCCCUGCAAGAAUUAAAAAGAUUUAACAUUCAAGGGAAUGUGCAGCAGUAGAAGAUCGAUACAGAAUCAGAAAUGGUCGUAGCAGCCAAUGGAUCCCUAUGUUUUUUCUCUUUGUAAGAAUUAAACCUGUAUGUAAUGAAACACAUUCGUUUACAAAAGGAUAUGUAGACCAAUUAGUAGUAUUACAAUUUACAAGAUAUCUAUGUAUACCAUAUGCUUUACAAGAUCAUAUGCUCAAUGAAAAUCCCCAUGUUAAUGUCGCAGUCACCAAAACCUGCAAAUGUUUUGACAAACAACUCAGUUUUACCUCGGCAGUCUUCUCAUGUGAUCAACAAAAGCCGAAAAACUCUUUUGUGGGAUCGGAGAUAGAACCUUUGAAUUAGACCUUGCCCCUUCAUUCAUCUUCCUGAGAUGCUGAUGAAACCAUGAUUUCCACUGAGUCAAUAUUACCAACUCUCCCAGUUUCUCUAGAAUUUGCUUUCUCUUGAGACUGAUCAGCCACUGCAGCAGACUGGCAAUUCUUGUCCAAAGAAGUUCCAGUUUUAUUACAUCCACCAAAAUCGCCCAAAGGCGAUUCAGAUGAAACUCCUUGAGAACUCAAACAAGUCAAUUCAUUCUCACACCUCAACCCCAAAUUCAAACCAGAAUUACAAUCCUUCUGAAAUGGGGCAGAGCUUCCUAACUCAACAUCAAUCUUCCCUCUAAGAUCAAGUAAAAGCCCUUUGAGCCUCAAGAUUUCAGCUUCCAUAAUUGUUUGCCUCUGAACUUUCCUAAUCAACUGCUGGUUCACCAAUCGCAGUUUCCUAACCUCCUCUUCCAAAAAAGCACUGUGCGCCUUCUUCUUCUCCCUAUACUUCCUAACAGCUUCUCUAUUUCCAGAAGGCCUCUUAGAUUUCAACCUUGACUUUUCAUUAUCAGUUGGGAAAUCCAGUUUCUCAUCAGGUUGAAUGACUUGGGUAUGUGUAUGGUAACAUGUGUGAGUGUGUGCAGAAUCAUCAGGUCCAGGAGGGUUGCAAGUAUGGGUAUGAGUACAUGAAGUUUGGGCAUUUUUCAACAAUUCAUCAAAAAACGAAUCCAUAGAAACAGAAGAUUGGACAUUAACAGAUGAAUCAGAGUUUGGAAUCAAAACCUCUGCUUCUACCACUCCUCCAUCAUCCAUAUCUCGUCUCUCCAUCCUCAAAAAAUAAUCAGUGUAAAGAAGCCAUCAACAAAGAUGAAACCUUUAUGAAGAAAACAAAGGAUUCGUCAGUCAACGAAACGCACUAAAAUUUGUUUACCUUGGAAAAAUGAAAAUCAAUCUUUGUCAAUCGAAAGAAGCUAGCACCAGUUAUCUAUAUAAACCAAGAAAGCAAAGCCCAGGUGGAAAUUCUUGAUAGAAACACCGUAGGCUGUCAUAGAAUUCGAGGAUUGACAAGAACAACUGUAGUUAAGGAGGUUGUUUUUUCUGAAGAGAAUCUGAAUUCUCCAAGUGGGGGACAUUGACUAGGUAAAAGAGCAUCAGAAACAGGGGGCUCUGGUUUAAUCGUCUAGAAUAAUAUGGGAGUCAAACGAAGAACUUCCUUCGGUUUUCUUUUUAAAUUUUUUU